AUGGGUUGUUUGUUCUCUAAACAAGAUAAAACGGGUACUUCUUUUAAAGAUUCUUUAAAAAAGAAGAUUAAUCAAAGCAAAAAAUAAGCAGCAGAAAUAAGAGUAAAAACCUAAGAAAAUAACCUUAAUACUAGCAAAUACAGCUUUAAUUUGUAAAUAUCCAAGAGUCUGGAGAAGGAAUAAUUAGGCAGUAAUUUAGAAUUGAAAAUAAACGAAUAAGAUGGCAGUUCAAAGGAUGUUAGAGUAAAAGAUUUUAUUAGCUUAGACUCACUUAUCAAUUAUUUUAUUGUCAACCAUAAUCUCACAUAAUCUGUAAGAUACGUUAGAUAACUAAAUUGGGACUGCCUGACAAAACCAGCAGUAGUUGAGUAUGUCUAGAAAAAGAAAUUGGAACACAUAAACUUGCCAGAAAUAUACGAAAUCUAUAGCGAUCCCAAACAUUAUUACUUGGUUGAGGAUUAUUGUAGUGGGAAUACAUUAUCAGCUUAUCUAAGGGAGUUUGGUUCAGUUUCAGAAUAAAAGUGUGUACAAAUUAUGUAUUAAAUGCUGACUCUUUUUGAGUAUUUACACAGUUAACAUUUAUAUCAUGGAGAACUUUAGUUGGAGUCCUUCAUGUUCUCAGAUGAAUCUCAGAAUCCUAUUUUGAAACUGGUUGACAUUGAGCCCUUAUUCUCAAAAACCGUCAUCCAUAAAGAAGGGGAACAAGUAUAUUAUUAUUCUCCAGAAUUUUGCAAAACAAAAUAAAAGCAUAAACAUUGUGAUAUUUGGGCCAUAGGAAUGAUAGGAUAUUAAUUAUUAAUUAAUUAUCAUCCCCAAAAGACUGGCACUCUAUUAACGAUUUAGCAAAUUAUGAAGAAUAUUAUACGCGGAGGCAUGAGGUUGGAUUGUAUUGAUUUUGAAAGAUCAAGUGAAAAUUGCAAGAAUUUCAUGAAAAAGUUGCUUGCCUAUGAUUUCAAACAAAGGAUUACCAUUUCAUAGGCAUUAGACACAAAUUGGAUAAAGUCUAUUAAUAAUUCAUAAAAAACUGUUGAGGCAUUCAAAUAGAUGAAAAAGGUUAAAAAUUUAAAAAAUAUCAAUAAUGUUUAAGCUUGUGUUUUGUUAUUGAUGGUGAAUCAUUUCAACUAACAAUAGAAGCAAUUUUUCGCCUCAAUUUUCAAUACCUUUGACACGAAUAGAGACUAAAAGAUUAGUUUUGAGGAGCUCUAGGAAGCAUAUCGAUCACUGUACCCUGGGUAAAAUUAUGAAGAGAUCAUUGAAUUGUUUAAAAAGGUAGAUUUUGAUAAAAAUGGAUUUUUGGACUUUCAUGAAUUCAUUAUUGCAUCUGUUGACAAAUCUUCUCUCUUAACUCAUCAACAUUUAUAAGUGACAUUCAAAUUGAUAGAUAAAAAUCAUAGUGGAAAGAUUAGCAUAGAUGAAAUUCUAAACAUUUGUUCUUUAGAUUAUAAUUGUGUGAAAUUCAACUUUGAUAAGAAAUCCAAAGAUUAAAACAAUAAUAUGACAUUUAGCUAAUUUAAAGAGUUAAUGCUUUCUCUUCUCUGA